UUCAGUCAAGGGAGGAACCGCAGAGGCUAGGCCGGCCGGUCGCGGUCUUGAGCGGGCGUGAAGAUGGAGUCCUUCACGGAGGCCCCGCGCCCCGGCUCCGGUGCGGGUGGCCAAAAGAGGCAGGCCAGCCGCGCCGCGACAAUCAUUUCACGCCAACCACGGCGGCGAUUCCGAGGGGCACUCCUUUGAGGAAGCCCCGUCGAGAGAGCCUCCUUCUUCUCUUCUCUCGCGAUUCCGAUGCGAUU